UAUGGGACAACAAUAAACUUAGGAACAAAGACCAUUAAAUGACUUAAUUAAGGAUGUGGCUACAUUUAAUCUAUUGGCUAAGUAUUCUAAUGUUGUAAUACAAGAUCUCCAACAAUUAAAUCAAGCUUGGGUAAAUAAUUAAUAGCAGAAGUGACAAAAAGAAAAUAAGAUUUAUUUGAUUCUCUUCCAUUUGUUAAAAAGUAAGAUGAUUUAUGCAUUGGAAUAUUUGUGGACAAGGAAUAUUUAUAAAUUACUUAGCAGAAAUUUUACUAUUGUAAACAAUUAUUAGAGGAUUUUUCAUCUAUAUUAAUGGUUGAUCCAUAGAAAGAGGAAGGCACUUGUUAAAUAUGUUUUGAAAAAAAGAUUGACAAAUUAUUGCCUUGUGGACAUAGUUAUUGUUAAGAUUGUAUAGAAGGAUGGUUUACAGUCAAAGAAUAAGAUUCCUGUCCAAUGUGUAGAGCCCAAUUAACUAAAUAAAAAAUGAAAAGUGAAUCUUAUGUUGUACCAAAUGAAGCUGAAUUGAUAGAUUCAUUUAAAGAAUAACUUUUUCUGUAAUUCAGCUCACAGAAAUGAAU